UACAACUACGGUUCCAGCUCAGAGAGAAACGAUGUCGCUACCAGGACUUUCAAGCAGUGCUGUUAAUACAUCACAGGCGAAUGAGACUGUUGACAUUGGCGCUAGAGCAGAAUGGCGUAUUGAAGUUGACCUGAAGGACACCGUCACCGUGAAAGUGACCAAGGGUAUUGUUGAGGUUUUCGGCACUGAGCUUGCCAUCGACGUUGAGUACAAGUUCACGGGCCAGAAGAUCGCCUUCUACUCUCAUGAAGGUGGCCAGUUGGAGUACUCUGGGCCAUUGGUUUCAGAGUAUGUCUCUGAAGAGACACAGAUGUCGGCUUACUUGAACUUCCAUUUUGCACUGUGUAAGAUGAGAGAACAGGACGUCCGUGGACCGAGGGUUUUAAUCUUGGGCCCAAAGGACUGUGGAAAGACGUCGUUGGCAAAGAUCCUUGCAUCCUACGCGUCUCGUAUGGACUAUGAACCCAUGAUUGUGAACCUGAAUCCAUCUGAUCCGGUAUUUUCCAUUCCAGGUACUCUUACUGGUACGCCAGUGAGUGAUAUCCUCGACGUGGAGGACGGCUGGGGUCAAACAUAUACAACAGGUGUGGCACCGUUGCACCCUAAACAACCUACUGUGAGGUACUACGGUUCACCAGAUAUCCACGAGAAUUUGAAAUUUUACAAACAUAACGUCUCAAGAUUGGGUGUCACUGUAUGCAGCAGGGUUUCAGAGGAUUCCACUAUGAAGAAGAGUGGUGUCAUUGUUGAUACCCCACCUUUAACGAUAAAAGAUGUCGAGAUCAUUGAAGAUGUCAUCUCAGAUUUUGAAAUCAAUGUGAUGGUUGUCAUUGGGAAUGAAAGGCUAUUCAUCGAUCUCAAAAAGAAGUUCCAGGCGAAGUUAAACGUGGUCAAAUUACCCAAAUCUGGCGGAUGCGUCGAGAGGGACGAUUCAUUCACAAGACAAGUGCAACAGAGAUCCAUUAGGGAGUAUUUCUAUGGAACGCCAAAGACGGUAUUAUCGCCGUACACAGUGUAUGUCGACUUUGAUGUUGUGAAGGUCUACAAACCCUUUGUUGAUGCCGGUGGGUUGAUUUCCUCUGUAUUACCCAUUGGUGAAGAUGGGUUGGAUAACGAAGAGAAGAAGCCUGAUCCACUGCUGCAAUCUCUUGAACCUUCAUCUUCAAGUCUACAGCAUUGUGUUCUUGCUAUACUACAAGCUGAUAAGAAGAGUGACGAGGACAUUAUUCUGAGAAGUAGUGUACUUGGUUUUGGAGUGGUUACUGAUGUUGAUGAUACAAAAUCUAAAUUGCGCAUAUUGAUCCCAGUUCCAGGAAGGCUGCCAGACAGAGCCAUGUUGCUCGGAUCAUUCCGCUAUACUGAAUAAGAAGUCAUGGUUGUUGAUAAAAUACAUAACGAAGUAACCGAUAAUACGUAUAGUGUGUGGUUUAUGCUCUUUUUGUCUACCUCCACAGGAGAGCUUAGUCUCCCUUAACGAUGAGCUCCUCCGGUGCUCUCUGUGCGUACUCAGUCCAACUUCCGUCGUAGACCUGAACACCACCUUUGUUGUAGCCAGCAGAGUCCAAUGCUGCUUUCAAGAUGCAAGCUGUGACACCAGUGCCACACAUCACAAUGACGGGUUUAUCCUCAGGAAUCUCCAACUCCUUAAAGAUCGAAACAAGCUGAUCCUUAGGCAAGAAGAGGUUAUCACUGUCCAACACUCUAGAAAAUGGU